CGACCCGCAAAAGCUGCGGACGACUAUCAUAGUGCGGUGAACCGAGUUCGAGCGAACACGCCGAGCCCCUCAGCUCGAUCGCAUCGCGUCCGAACACGUCGCAAUAUCGAAAAUAACUCAACCCGGCGCGGCCGACCUCGUUGCACGCGCGGCGCUUCCGCGUUUUCCGGCGCCGAUUACCCGAACAGUAACAGUCCGCGCGUUCCCGUCAUGUGCUUCGACGUGGUGCUCGUCUCGAGAUGACCAGGCAUGGCAGCGACGGUGCCGCUGGUCGUCUUCGCGUUGGCUCUGGCCGUCGCCGCUCCGGACUGGACCGAUUGCCCCGGCCCCUGCCGGUGCACCUGGAGCUCCGGCAAGAAGACGGCGAUGUGCCAGAAGGCCGGCUUCGCCGGCAUUCCCGCCUUGGACGAGGGCAUGCAGGUGCUCGAUCUCUCCGGGAACACCAUCGCCGAGCUGCCCAAUUCGGCGUUCAAGUCAGUGGGGCUGAUCAACCUGCAGAGGAUCCACCUGUCGCGCGCCGGUUUGGUUAAGAUACACCGGGACGCGUUCAAGGACUUAAUUAUACUGAUAGAAAUAGAUUUAUCUUAUAAUAAUAUCGCGUCGUUGGAUCCGGAAACGUUCCGCGGCAACGAGCGAUUGCGUUUCCUCUACCUGAACGGUAAUCCGCUUAGACGGCUCAGCCGAGCUCAAUUCCCCGCGUUGCCUCACCUGCGGACGCUAGAAUUAGAAAAUUGCCAGCUGGAAGCCAUCGAUAGAGAGGCGUUCGUUCAUUUGAACGCCCUAGCCACAUUGAAUUUGAAAAAUAACUCGUUAACCAGCCUGUCGGAGCCGACGUUCAUGAACUUCGCCCAUCUGACGACGCUCGCCCUCGACGGCAACCCGUGGAGGUGCGACUGCGAUUUGCGCGGUUUCAGAGAUUGGUUCCUGGCCAGCAUACUGCGCUCGAUGUCGCUGCGUUGCUCCGAGCCGGAGGCGCUCAAAAACCGCCAGUGGAAGGACGUGUCCUCCGAGGAGUUCGCCUGCCCGCCGAAGGUGUUCGCCUACCCCCAGAACCAAGUGCAGGCCGAGGCGGGCGGCAACGUCAGCUUCGGUUGCCACGUGCUCGGCGACCCGGAGCCCCAGGUCUUCUGGCUCUACGACGGCAGCCCGCUCAACCACACCUGGCUGGUGGUCGAAGCCGAGGAAGGCGUCCUCGACAAAUGGACCAACAUAAGCAUCUACAACGUGAGCGACGCGGACGUCGGCCGGUACACCUGCGUCGCCAGGAACGUCCUCGAUUCGACCGCCGUCAACGUGAGUUUAGUGCUUCCCGAGGUGGUGACGGCGACGACGCUGAGCAAAUCGGACUCGAAGAUGGUGUGGUGGGGCGUGGUGGUCGUGUCGAUCGCGGUGGGAUUCUCCGGCUUGGUGACAGUGAUUGCGGUGUGCUGCGUCCGGAAUCGAAGCGCCGGCCAAAGGAACCUCAAGGCCAGCGUCAGCUUCACCGACCAAGAGAAGAAGCUGCUCGACGUCAGCAUAGCCACGACGACCGACAGAGGUACGGGCAGUUGCGAAGCCCUAGGUCCUGAUAUGGAUAUGAUGGAUCCGCCGGUGCACAUCACCAUCGAAAGGGAACCGCCGCUGCCUCCGCUGGCGGUGUACCCUCCACCGCCGGAGUUUUCCGGUAGCGGCCUGCCCGCCGGCGCUUACGGCAACAUUUUCAUAUCGGUAUCGGUGAGCCGGGACCCGAGAGAUCCCAUCGUCGACGCCGCGCGGUGUCCGGAUCUCCUGGACCUGCCGCACCGGCCGAAGCAGCACGUCUAUCACGGCAUGGCGACGCUGCCCAGACGGCCCUACGCCGUACCGCACUACGACAACAUGGGACCCAGGGUGACGGCGGGCGGCAGCUCGACGCUGUCGCUGCCCGACGCCUCGGCCGCGCCGGCGGUGACGGAGUUGCCGCCGCCGCCGCCGCCGCCUCCCCUCGGCGUCCGGUUGACGCCGGAGUUCGUCUCUCUCUAACCCUCUCCCUGUGGUUGAAAUCUUCAAUUAGUGCCUUUGCUCACAUCAAUAUGUUGAUUUGUGUCUCCUGUAAGUAAUUUCACUAUAUUUUGUCGCUGGUUUUACUCUUUUUUUUGUAGUGGAAACGCGGUGGAAUGAAAGUUAGGUAGAAUGGAAACUUAAUUAAUGAAUGCAUUGCGGAACAAAGCAAUGUAAAUUAUCAGAACCGUUUCAAUAAAAUUUAGUACGUUAAUUCGGAAUUCCGUGUUGCUGAACAAUUUAUUUGAAGUGUUUUAUAUAAAGUUCCCAAUUAAUUAAUAACGUAUUGAGUGGUGCAACUUUCAGUCACUAAUAAAUAGCUAUAAACGGCAAAUUCUCGAAAUACUUUUGCAAAAUAUUCGUUAAUUAAAAAUGCCUUUAUUUUUAUAAUAUCCGGCUAUAUAAUUAACGUUUGAACUAUUCAAUUUCGAAUAACAACCAAGCCCAUGUAACUUUGGAAGUUUCAAAAUACGUUGUUGUUGAUAUUCGAUUUCGAAAACUACUUUUUAAUUAACAAAUUAUUCGGCCAAAACUCGAAAGCGAUAUCGAAUGUUGAUCGAAAUGUAAAUGUCGGGUAAUUCGAGCGUGUACGAAAUUUAACAAUUAAUUACUGGAAAGGGGGAAUCAGCAAAUUGAAUGAAGUAUACUUUGCGAAAUUAAUGAACAAGUCAAAUCGAAAUGUUUUCUUUACGACCGUCUUAGAAUGCGUUUACUUAAAGAGUAUUGUACAUACAUAAUUAAUGAAUUUUAUUGUAAAUAGUAAAAUUUUAUGCGUAUAAGAAUUCACUUUAUUUAUAUGUAAUUCAUCUGAAGUUUUCUGAUUUCUCUUUCGAACUUAGAACUAUUUUUUAAACAAAUAUUAAAGAUUUACAUAUACAAGAAACCGUUUGCAUUUACCAACAUUACUAAGUCAUCUUUAUCGCGAAUUUAAUAGCGUUUCCAGCUAAACUUAUGACUGACAAUUAUUUUAAAAGCGCCCCGUUUUUCCUCUUCCCCUUUAAUACCUAGUAUUUGCCCAAUGAUGUGUACGAGGUAACUUCUUUUAUAUCCCAUUUAACUAAUCUUGUAUUCGCCGUAAUACCUAUAAAUUCGAGUUGUAUAUUAGUAAGAGCGGGGCGUAAUAGUCACUAUACUGCCGUCGAAAAUGGGUUAACGGGUUGCUAAAUACAUGAAAUUAUAAUGUCGAUUUAAUGGUAGUUCGUAACUCUAAUUUAUAACUUUUAGAAUUGUAUAAAUUCAUUAAUAAUUUACGGACGAAGAUGCCAGAAAUAGGACGAAACGAAUUUAACGGUAGCUUUGUCACAGGGAUAAUUAAAUGGGUAAUUUUUAAUAAUGAACCAAUAUAAUUAGGCAGGAGGGUUUUUGUUGGCAGGCAUAGUGGACAUUCCCAUUUAAAAUUUAAAAUUCCCCUAUUAAAAUUAGUUGUAUUUAAUACUUAACAUCAAAAAUUAUUUGUAAAAGAACCAAAAUUAUUCAUUAGAAUGCUCAAAACAACCAUACUAUUCAUUGAAUUGACCAAAAUACUCAUUCUCCUUAAUAAACAUGAUUUUGUAGCCUACCCAGAACAAAUUAAGGAGAGAAUUACCCCAUAUUUUUCUAUACGAAAAUAAUUAUUAGUCCAAUUUCAAGCUUAAUUCCGGUUCCAUCACGGCGCGGUGGCUAUCGCAUAUUUUUUCCGAGAAAUUUUUCAUAUUAAUCAUCCGCGGCGGCGGACACUGAGAAAUAUCAAUUUUCUCUAAUUAAGUCAAUUCAUUAAUUAAACGAGGAUAGUAUCUGUGUCGCAUGUUCCGGGAAUAUGAUAAUACGAAUUUUUCAUUUUAAUAUUCGGGAGCUUUCACUGUGCUAGGUUUUUCGGCUCCGGGGUUUGUGGAUUUACUUUGUUCGGCUAAUUUUAACUGGAUUAAUCGAUUAUUAUUGAUGGGAUAGAAAUAUCGAUUUUUGUGUGGUUAUACGUUACUAACGGCCCUUUUUUGAUUCUGCCGCUGCGUUUCCACUGUGAGGUUAUUACUUGUUGAAAUUUUAUGAUUUUGAAUUUUUAUAUACCUACCAGAUGCAUUUACAUAUAUUUAAAUUGGAUUAUAUUUUGUAUAUUAAAUAGGUUUGAUAAGUUUUUACUAUACAGGGUUUUCCAUAAUUGGGUUUGUUGAAUUGGAUUACUGUGGUGGUCCAUACUCUUUAUGCGUCAUUUGAUUACUAAAGAAAAAAAGUUUUUAAGUAUAUUUUUUAUUGAAGUUUGAAGAUUUUAAAUGUUUAGGCAAAUGAUUAAAAAAACACAAAAAAAAAACAAAAUUAUAAAUAUCUAAUUCAAAAAACACAAUAAAUAAAAAUUAAAAGUUCCCAAAUGUGGACACCCUGUACAUACACUAGCGUUUUUAUGUACGUUUUCUAUUGUUGUGUGUUUUUUACGUUAUUGUAGAUAAAAAAAUCGUUACUAUUUUCAAUGUUUUACUAUGAAAGAAGCUAAUGAAACUACCUGUAAUGUUGUAAUGGACGUUUUACUGGUUUAUACUCGAUACAAGUUAUUAUCAAGAUUAGGAUUAAAUCGAUUAUCCCUAAUAAUCGGAGCUAUUAAUAGUUUAAAACUACUCUGGACCAUUCUGAAAUUUAUUACGCUUUUAGAGCUGUUGUAAAAACAGAAUUUAUAAAUUGUUAGGUACUAUUUUAAAGUUGUUUUUUAAUACCAGAGCAAAUGAGCUUUACCCAUUAUUGGGACAUCCUAUAUAAACAAACCAAUUAAGGUGGUUUUGGGCCUUUCUGUCCAGAUGCAAAUACGAACCAAUUACAUAAAGAAUUCCCGUGUUUAUAUUCCUUCCAUUAAUAUUUCUAAUUGGCAAAUUAUUUCCUUACUAAUUAGUCGAUAUACAGGGUGAUUCGAAAUUAAUUUUUUAUAAGAUUUUUAUCCCAUAAGAAAGAAUCAGACCAAAACAUGACUUAUUAAAAUACCAUCAUCUUCAGGGCUUUUUAAAAUAAUCUAACUCUAUAGAAUUGCCACGUUUUCCAGAAACACCCUGUACAUACUCCGGAUAAUGUGGCGAAAAAGUUAGGGGUUUUCAGUGCAUUAAAAUUUUGAAUUAUGCUAAUGAAUUUCCUCUUCGCUUUGAAGCGCUAUUCAUAAUUUCCCAUUACGUUGUUUUCGUUUCGAAUGCCGGCGAAUUUUUGUAGUUGUUCCCGAAAUGCACGUGUCCCAGUUUUCCCGGCGAUCAAAACAUCCAGCCGGGAUAGAAAUUUAGAACGAGACAAACAAACUAUAAUAUCCUUAUUCUCUUGUUCGAGGCGAGUUUAUUAGAGAUGGUCUUAUGAAAAACUUUUAUAGAGGUACAGAGGGACAGGGGUAACUGGAGACGCGAUCUGCGCGACUUUAAUUGCGCAGUUUCUUUCCGCUAGUUGUUUCUGCUGAUGCGUCAAUUGAAAUUAUUUCGUUUAUGUUUCGAGUAUAAACUUUGUAGACGGAAUCCCUGGCAAAUUUUUCACCCUAUACAGCAAAUAUUGCAAAUAACGUUUCGGUGUUUUUCUAACAUGUUUCGUGUGUAGAAGAUGGGCGAUUGUUAAACGAAGAAAAGCUGUUUUUCCUAACGUAGGUAAUUAAUUAGUUUCGAUUUUUUGCCCGGCCGCUCUAAUUACAGUCGAGAGCUUUUAAAUUGAACGGAAUAAUUUAUUUAUUUAGCGCGAAAUUAGGAAAUAUAUAUUUUCCGACUAGAUGCCGCAGAGGAAAACGGCUUUUCUUCUUCUCUUCGGUGAAAUACUGUUUUAUAGCGAUUUAAAAUUACUCCUAUUUGAAAAUCUGCAAAAACGAACAAUACAUAGGGUUAUUUUACUUUGUGCAGCCCGAAAUAUACGAGGGAAAUUGUUUCCUGUUUACUAUAGAAGGUAAAAUUGAAAUUUAUUUCUUCAGUACUGAAAGAAUAAAAAAAAAAUGUACUGUACAUACAGAGUGCUUCAUUUAUUAGAUAAUGUAUAAAAUUUUUAAAUUGUUGAUAAGGGUCUUAAUAAGAUAUAUACAGGGUGUCCCAAUAAAGCGAUAAAGCUGAUUUUAGAAAGAGAUAAAUAAGAAAUUACACGUGAUGACCCUAUUUACAAUUAAACUUUAUUCCUGUUAACAAUGGAACGCUCUGUAUAAAUUUAUUAUUAAUUUUAAUUUCCAUCCCGAAUUCGUUGAUUAUUCUAGAGACUGUUAUGAAUCUAAUUAGACUGUAAACCCAUCUGUAUAGCUUGAAUCCGACAUUUCCGAUAAUUACGAAUACUGAAAAUUACUUGUAAAUA